ACUUCUGUACUGCACUAUUCCGGUGACGUAAUGUGAUACCUUCCUGAAGAUUAUUGUUGUUUUUAUCUUAAAUUAUUCCUCUUCCAGUUCUAAAAGGAUUUGCUUUGAGACUAAUAGUUAAAGUUCCAAUUUCUUUAUUACUUCUCUAACAGUCUGAGUCUGUUAAUUGCUUUAUUUUGAGAAUUGUAAAGGUCGUUAAAGCGCAUGUCAAAAGUUCGGCCAUCUUGGAAAAAAAAGAGGAUUGGAAUUUUUCAUUGUUUUGUUUCAUUCAGGCCGUUAAAUUUACAGAACUGCAGCGAAUUCCAUCCAUUGUGGAAGUGCAUGGAUGAAAACUAGUGUGAGAAGUCUGAAUGGGUUAGGUCGUUGAAGAGACAGUUUCUUAGAUGAUUACAAAGAGAAAAACCAAACCUGUUCGUUUGGAAGAAGACCUCAACUGAACCAGCAAAAUGCCGUCCCGCCCAGGGAGCCUGAAAGAUCCAGAGGUAGCUGGGUUGUUCACGACAGAUGAUCCGGAGAAGUUGUUUGUAGAUCUCAGAGAGAUUGGACAUGGAAGCUUUGGAGCUGUCUACUUUGCAAAGAACACUGCUACCAGGGAGAUUGUUGCUAUAAAGAAAAUGUCAUACAGUGGGAAACAGUCAGCAGAGAAAUGGCAGGAUAUUAUCAAAGAAGUAAAGUUUCUACGGCAACUGAAGCACAAACAUAUCAUCGACUACAAAGGCUGUUACCUCCGAGAACACACUGCAUGGCUUGUUAUGGAGUACUGCCUUGGGUCGGCAUCAGACAUCAUAGAAGUUCAUAAGAAAGCAUUGAAGGAGGUAGAGAUAGCACAGAUUUGUCACGAUGCACUCCAGGGUCUUGUGUAUCUACAUAGUCAAAAUAAGAUACAUCGAGAUGUUAAAGCUGGGAAUAUACUACUUACUGAAAAUGGCACUGUGAAAUUAGCUGAUUUUGGUUCAGCGUCACUGUCAUGUCCUGCCAACUCCUUUGUGGGGACACCAUAUUGGAUGGCCCCGGAGGUUAUACUUGCCAUGGAUGAGGGUCAGUACGAUGGGAAAGCAGAUGUCUGGUCACUGGGCAUUAUGUGUAUAGAACUAGCUGAGAGGAAACCACCACUAUUUAACAUGAAUGCAAUGAGUGCGUUGUAUCAUAUUGCUCAGAAUGAUUCACCCACCCUGGCUGGUGGAGAAUGGUCGGACGAUUUUAGAGCAUUUGUAGAUUCUUGUUUAGCAAAAAAUCCAGACGACAGACCCACUGCAGAACAGUUAUUACGGCAUGCCUUUGUGAAUCAGACAGAUGCGCACAAUGUGAUAUUAGACCUGAUACAGCGGACGAAAGACGCUGUACGGGAGCUUGAUAAUUUACAGUAUCGAAGAAUGAAGAAGAUAUUGAUGGCGGAGACGCCGUCAGAGGAUCAGGCUAGUCUAAAUGGUCCGGAGGAGUUCUUGUCUGCCGAAUCCUCACAGGAUGAAGCAGGUGAUAGCAGUAAAUCAAACAGUUUGGCCAGUCAGCAGAGUGCACACAGUAAUAGUUGUGUCUCAAACAGUAGUAGAAGUAGUAGUAUGAAUAGUCUACAAGGUGCUACCAAUGACGACGUUAUCACUUUCUCCAGAGACAGAAGUCCGUCCCCACCAGCGCUCCCCCCACGAUCUCCUAAACAGGUGCAGGUAUGCAUCGAGGACUGGCCUCUACAAACACGACCAACGUCUUACGGUCAUUUUGGACAUACGAAGGGUGCGGGGAAGAUGGAACCAGGUGGAAAUAACUUUGCAACAAUACGAACAACGCAUAUAGUGACCAAACAGAUUCAGGAGCACGAGCAUUCUAACGAACUUAAUGAACAAUUUGCUGGUUAUAAACGAAUGAGGAAACAGCAUCAGAAACAGUUACAGCAGUUUGAAACCAAAUAUGGUGCAGAAAUGGAAGAACAUAAAGUUAAGUUAGACAAGGAAUAUGAGACAACUAGACAGAGUUUUACAAUGGAGUUGGAAAAAUUAAAGAGAAAAAUGAUACAAGACUUGGAAAAGAGGCAAAAAACCAACCAAGAACAAGAAAAGAAGUUAAUGAAACAGAUACAGGCCAACCAAGAAAAAGAACGUAAAAACUUUGUUUCUGAACAGAAGAAGGAAUAUAAACUUAAUAAAGAACAAAUGAAAAAGAAUAUAGAUUCUAGUACACCGAAGAAAGAACGUGACGAUGCAAUACGAAAUCAGAAGGAAUCAAUGACAAUACGACAGAAAGAGUUAGAAGAUCGUUUAGAACGGCAACAAAGACAAAGUUUAGAAUAUGAAAUUAGAAAAUUCCGUCGAAGACGGUACUUGCAACAUCAUCAGUUAGAACAGGAACUACUCAGGGAGGAAUUGAAUAGGCGCCAAGCGCAGUUAGAAUAUGAACAUCAGAUGUUAUUACGACAUCACGAGUCAACGAGGGAACUGGAGUUUAAACAACUUGAGUCCUUACAGAAAUUACGGGAUGAUCAUUUGAAGAAACAGCAUCAUACAGAAAGACAAAAUCAACAGAAUUAUAACCUAAAAGCCGAACAAGACCUUCGGAAAAAACAUGCUCUUGAACAAAAACAGCAACCUCGAAGUUUACGGCAAAAAGAGCUACAGAUACGACGCCAGUUCCAUGAAGCAGUGAAGACACAACAGAAACAAUACAAAGCUUUGAAGGACCAUAUAAUUACAAACACUCCUAAAAAUGAAGUGAAAGCUGUAGCGAAAAAAUUAAAAGAAGAACAAAUGAGAAAAUUAGCAAUUCUUGGUGAACAGUAUGAGCAAAGUAUAGCCGAAAUGUUACAGCAACAAAAUAUGCGUCUUGAUGACUCACAACUAGCAGAAGAAAAUGAAUUAAAACAGAAAUUGCAACAGGAACUAGAGUUAUUGAUGGCAUAUCAGAGUAAAAUCAAAAUGCAAACAGAGGCGCAACACCUGAGGGAACGAAAACAGCUCGAAGAACGAGUAUCUCUGCGUAGAGCAUUAUUAGAACAAAAGAUGGAGGAAGAGUCGGCAAAAUAUGAACAAGAGAAGGCGGAGCGUAUCCGGCGUUGCCAGGAGAGACAGGCGCACGAAAUGGACGAAUUUGAUCACGAAACCGUUCAGUUAGGCAUGAACUCAUUGGAGUUAGCACAAGCUUCCGUGAGAGACAAUCAGUAUGACGAUAUGAGCAUACGUGGAAGCAUGAUAAGUCUGACUGCAAGUAGUAGUAACAGUUCCUUUACAUCACAACACAGCAAUUCACAGGCAUACAUUUCUUAAUGUAACACGAUUUUCGCAUAUAUGAUGGAAAAUACUAAAUACAAAAUACAAUCUGCAAGUCCGAAACUGGAUACAGCAUGUGUUGGAUAUAAAGCUGAUUAAGCAGAAGUGACCCUUGAAAAAUGAGUGAUUAUAAAGGGACAGAAUAUGUAAUUCAGCAGUAUUUCAGGAAAUAGACGGCUUGCGGAGUUUGUUCUCAAAAAUUGAGCUAGAAUAUAUACAUGCUCCAUAUACAACUAGCCACUAAUGUUCAACAGUACAAGUGCUAUGUGUUUGUAUAGGUUAGAAACAUGCAAUGUUUCUGUGGGUUCUUAAAGGAGAAAAGAAACUGCUAUUCCUGGCGUAAAACUGGGCAUGCGUUCAAGGCCAAAGGAAGGACAAGAAAACUGCUGCUAUAUAUACCAGGAAAAAGAACGUAACAAAUUUCUAUGCGAUACUGACUACAAUAUUGUGAUAUAUCCACAUUUAUUUAACCAUGCAUGUAGGUAAUAAUUAUAUCAAUACCAGUAAAUUAAAGUGAUUGGAAGCAAUAAUAGAACAUAUGAACCGGUUGUUUGAGAAGUAAAAAUGCAUUCUCAAGACAAAAAAAAAUUUAAAAACAUGAUUUUACGUGUGUAAAAUUGUUAACUUGUUCAAUACAGACUUCACCUAUUAGUUGGAUUAUUUAUCAUUACGAUCUAGUUCAUGUAUAAAUUAACAUUAUAUAAGGAUUGUUUAAUCAUUUAUUAUGUUGCAGCUAUUUUUUUAUACUUUUUGUUGAGUUAUUUUUUCCAUAACAUUUAUGCUACCAAAUGUACACAUUCUGGUGGUUCCAAGGUUAAAACACUUAGUUUGAUGACCAGUCUCAAAAUUCACAGAAAUGCAGCCUUGCCAUUGGUCAGUUUCAAGACUGUGAUCAGGAAUAGCCAAUAAUGUAAUGGGAAUUUUCAGACUGGUCUCCAAACAUAACAUUGGACCCUGUUCUUUGCUCUUCUAUGAUAUUAUUAUUGACCAUUUUUACCAAAGUCGUAGAUACGUAUUUUGUUGGGGGGAUAAAAAACAAGUGUUAGAAAUUUUAAUUACGGCAGUGGUCACAUACUUAUGACGGUUUUAUCAAUGAAUUCAUGCUUUUGGUGAAGAACCAUCACAGAGAUGUAAAUUGAAGUAGAAGGGCAGAAAUGAUAGCAUUAUCUGUAGCUAAGGUUUUAACUUGAUUCCAUUUGAUGUCUUUCAGUUAUAUUAUAACACUAUGCCAUUAACUUGUAGAUAGGGCUUUUUAAAGUUAGUAUCGUUAUAGAUAUUACAGGGUUUUAUAACUGCACUGUGAUGUCAUUAAUUGUAUUGUGUAUUGCGUGCUCAAUCAGUGCUACAUGGAAGCCACUGCUUAAUAUAUUAACUGGGAGAGAGAAUGAAAUCUUGGUAUAUGUGCCAGCGAUGCAUAUAGCUUGACUUAAAUAUCCUGUAUAUUGCAGUGUUACUGAGAUAGUAAUUCCUAGUGCGAAACUGACCUGUUUCUAGUGCCAUAAGGCUUAUGUUGUUUUUGAAAUACAUGCAAGUCUACUCGUAAAAGUUUGACACAUCUGACUAUAAAUAUUUCCAUUAUAGUUUUAUUGGGACUAGAACAGCUUCGUUUUGUAUUGGAUCUUUAAGAACUUUGUCGCACUGAACAGCAGGACAUAACAAAUGCAUAACAUUUAGUAACAUCACAGUAUGUUUAUAAUACCUAACUAUGACACAAAUAACAUUGUGAAAAUAAUGUAUUCAGAAUUUAUACAAGCAAAACUGCUGUACAUUACAAAUAUAGUACUUUGAUGAUAAUUGUAAGAAAUUGAUAGGAGUUCUAAAAAUGUUUCCCCAGGAAAAUCAAAACUUUUUAGAUCCAUAUAAUACAAAUAAAUUUUAAAACACAGUUUGGAAACUAAUUCAGUCCAAUUAAGACUUGUGUAAAAGUGAAAAAAAAAAACAAAAAAAACUUUCGAAAGUAAUAUUUAUUUUCCUCGCAAUGUUUUAUGCAAGUGCUAAUAAUUUAUUAUAUGAGCCAUGCCAUGAGAAAACCAACAUAGU